GCGCGGCUGCAGGGCGGCAUCUCGACGCUCAACGUGCUGGGCGGCCGCGGCGAGGAGUGGGGCCCCAAAGUGCUGCCUGGUGCUAUCCAGCGCCAGGCUGUGGCCAGCUUGGCCCGGGCCUACUUUGCCGUGCCGCCGCCGCCCGACGACCUCACCGCCUCGGGAGCGUGGUCUGCGCUUCGGGGCUGCGGUUCCGGCUACGCCGUCGCAGGUGUUGUCGCCGGAGAGUUCGCGACCUACCAGCGCGGCAGGCUUGCCCUGCCGGCGGUCGGUAACCAGGCGAUCGACUUCGUCAGUUGCCUGCCCGACCACUACCAGAAGUUGCUGGAGGAUAGUGGCCGCGCUAUUCGGCUACCAGCAGUGUGUACAAAGGACGUGGCAGCAGAGGUGGACGAGUUGGGCCCUGCGAUGGAUCCCAUCCUGGCUAGGUCGCCCAGCAAGUACGCCGAGUUUUUGAUGUCUGCAUUCGAAUCGGGUGUCGUCGAGCCGGCGACUGAGGUUCGCAGUUUUGUGGGAGUCUUCUUUGUGCGUAAGAAGGACGGCUCGUUGCGGAUCAUCUUCGACCCUCGGAAGACGAACUCGCAGUUUGUACCUCCGGAUAGUGUUGCUCUGGCGUCUCCUGAGGCCCUGGGUGAUCUGGAGUUGCCUGCAGGCCAGCGGUUGUGGGUCAGUGAGGGCGAUGUCGAGAACUGCUACUACCAGUUCCUGCUGCCUGACGACCUGAGGGCCGACUUCGUGUUGCCUGCGGUGCCUCGGAAGCUGCUGCCGCGGAGUCUGCGCCGCCUGUUUCCGCCCGGGCACGACUUCGUUCACUUUCAGGUGCGCGUGGUGCCGAUGGGCUGGAACUGGGCCGUGGCGCUGGUGCAGGCGGCGAACGGGGAGCUGCUGCGAGCUGGUCCGCAAGGGGCCCGCCGCUGGAUCUGCAAUCGCCGCUGCGCGCCGGCUGUCGCCGGUCGUGAGCCCGCUGCUCUCCUGUACAUCGACAACUUCGCCUCGCUGGGGACCGUAAAGGAGACAGUCCAGCUCGACGGUGACUCGAUGGAGAGGCAGCUGAGGGGCCGUGGUCUGACUACUCACGACAUCUCGGGGCCGCAAGUUGACGUGGACCUGCUCGGGUUCCACAUCGACGGGGUGAAGGGGGCGAUUCACAUCGCGCCCAAGCGGUUCUGGAGGCUGGUCAUGAGUCUGGACUACAUCCUGAAGCACCCCCUCCUGACGGGAGCCGAGCUAGAGCGGCUGAUCGGGCAUUUGACGUACGUGCUGCUGCUACGACGCGAGGUGCUCAGCUUGCUCAGUGCGUCCUUUGUCUUUGUCGGCAAGUGCUAUUCUCGGCGCGUGCGGCUCUGGCCUUCAGUGCGCCGAGAGCUGACCUGGGUGCGAGCGCUGCUGCCGCUGGUGUGGGCUGAUCUGCGCGGCGCAUGGGCCCCCAGCGCGAUGGCCGUGGACGCCUCGAUGACUGGCUUGGGCGCGGUGGAGCGCUCCGCGGACCCACGCGACGUCGGGCGCAUCGGCCGAGUUAGAGAACGCUGGAGGUUCAAGGAGCGCGAGCUGGUGGCCGAAGGCUCGCGUGCACGCGCCUUGCGUGAAGGGGCCGUCGGCGACUCCCCGUUCCCCGACGUGCCGUCGGACUUCUGCAAGGCCACCUCGUGGAAGACCGUAGCCUCGAGACGGUGGCGCCAUCGUGCCCCCAUCCACCUUCUGGAGGGCGAGGCGUUGCUGUGGGCCAUGCGGCGGCAGGUGCGGCGAGUGGCGCAUCAUGGGUGCAGGUCGACUGCCUUGCCGUGGCACCGCCUCCUGGGCUCGAGCGUGUCAGGACUGGAGCUGGAGGCGGUGAGGCCCUCUACCCAGCAGAACUACCUGAGGUGCCUCAGUGGCCUCUGCAACUGGCUCGGAGUGGAGACGCUGCCCAGCUGGAGCGCGCUGGAGUGGGACGACGCCCUGCUGCAGUACCUGAACGACGAGUUCGCGCAGGGAGUGCGGCCGAACAGGGCUGCGAAGCUGCUGUCGGCGGUGCUCUGGGCGCGACCGGCGCUGGGGCGGCCCCUGCGGGUGGUGCUGCCGAGGAGCAGCCGGGCGCUGCUGGGCUGGAAGCGCAAGCGGCCCGGCCGCUCUCGCCCCCCGCUCCCGUGGCUGGUGCUCUGCGGCGUGCUGGAGCUCCUGCUGCUGAAGCAGGAGGUGGCGAUGCUCCUGGCGAUGAAGGCUUUUCAGCUGGUGCCGCCUGCGGCCGGGCUGCAGGGCGGAUUUCGCUGGUGGACGCUGCUGCUUCAUCCCGAGGAGCUGCUGGUGCCCAGCAAGACAGGCGAGCUGGGCGACUCCCUGCCGCUCGACGCGCCCGAGCUCCAAUGGCCUACCCCCGCGCUCAGGGAUCUGAAGGCGCGGCUGGAGCCCCGCGAGCCGCUGUGGAGUUUCGGCUACGCGCAGCUGCGCGAGGAGGUCGAGAACGCGCUGGCGGUGCUGGGACUUCAAAGCCUCGGUGCCACGCUGUACUGCCUUCGGCGCGGAGGAGCAAGCCACGAUCGGAUCGUGGGAAGGAGGUCACUCGAGGAGGUGGCCAAGCGAGGCAGGUGGCGAGCUCGCCUGUCCGUGCGGAGGUACGAGAAGCACGGCCGCCUGGCGCUGCAAGUGGCGAAGGUGCCGCCCGUGGUGCAGGAGCGGCUGCGACUCAGCAUGCAGAGGCUGCCGCAGCUGGUCGCCGUCGAGGUCUUCGCUGGGUCAGGCCGCCUCGCCUCGGCGCUUCGUGCCAGAGGAAUCCCCACGGUCGAGUGGGACAUCACUCGAGGAGCGCAAUUUGAUCUCACCAAGGCGUCCAGUGUCGAAGUUUUGAAAGGAUGGAUUCUCAGUGGAGAG